ACAAGACUGGUACUAUAAUAAUUGUAGUAGCAUUAUUAUGGCAUUCCCCACAAUCUAUUAUGAUAUAGAAGUAUUAUAUAUUGUUAUUGUUAUAUAUAUUUUCAUUUUUCUCUCAUAAAAAGAACCAACCAAGAAGUAGCUUAUAUUCAUAUACAACCCAACUACAUAAGAGAGAGAAAGUGUAUAAUUAUACAUACACUACAAUCAUAUAUAGAGAGAGAGAAGUCACAAACAACAAGAAGAAAGAUAAUCAAAAAAACAAAGAAAUUAAAAUAAAAAAAUUGAGAGGAAAAAAUGGAAGUUGUAGGCUUGAAGAUGGAGGAAACUGAGCUAAGUCUCGGGCUUGGGCUCGGGCUGGGGUUUUCUGGUGGUGGAGAGAAGGUUGCAGAGGUGGUGGUGCAGAAGAGUGGAAAUAAGAGAGGAUAUUCUGAAACAGUAGAUUUGAAGUUGAAUUUGAACAAUAAUAACAAAAAUAAUAAUGAUACUGGAAAAGAACAGACUGCUACUUCAUCUGAUCCUUUGGAUCUCAUCAACAAUGAUAAAUCUUCUGUUGCUGUUUCUUCUAAGGAGAUUUCUUCUAAGCUUAAUGCUGAUUCUGUCAAGCCUCCUGCCAAGGCACAAGUUGUGGGUUGGCCUCCAGUGCGAUCAUACAGAAAGAACAUGCUGGCAGUUCAAAAGAGCAGCCCGGAUUCCGAGAUGACCGAGAAGCCGAUGGGUGGUGGCUUGGUGAAGGUGAGCAUGGAUGGUGCACCUUACCUACGUAAGGUAGACUUGAAAAUGUACAAGAGUUACCAAGACCUUUCUGUUGCUUUGGGCAAGAUGUUUAGCUCUUUUACCCUAGGUAAUUAUGGAGCUCAAGGGAUGAUUGAUUUCAUGAAUGAGAGCAAGUUAAUGGAUCUCCUUAAUGAUUCUGAUUAUGUGCCUACAUACGAAGACAAGGAUGGAGAUUGGAUGCUUGUUGGUGAUGUCCCAUGGGAGAUGUUUGUGGAGUCAUGCAAACGACUUCGUAUCAUGAAAGGAAAGGAGGCUGCUGGACUUGCUCCAAGAGCCAUGGAGAAGUGCAAGAACAGGAGCUAAGCUAGAAGAAUGCCAGAAUGGUACAACACAGCCUGUUCCUUUGAUCUUAAGGACAUCAUCAUCAAAAGGGUGCCUAACAGAUGGAUUGAACAGGGUGAAUUUGUAAUAUUUCCCUGUGUUUAUCUUACUUUUAUUUAUUUUAUUUUUUUUUAUUUUGGAAUUUCUUGUACUAUGAUUUGGUAUAGAUUCAUCAUAUUACUACUACUAAAAGUCUGUGAGUUGUAUGGUGCUGAAAUUUAUGAGUAGACAUAGAAACAGUAACUAAAUUAUGUCCACAAAUUAAGACUAUGUUUGGCUGCCCCCAUUAUGUUUGUGUUAUGUUUUUCCCUUUCUGUUAA